AUGACAAACGUCGGCAACCAGUGUUUUGACGUGGUACCCACCGGCCACCCAGACACUGGGAGUAUCACGCCUUACCUAAGCCAAACCGAACUAUUGGACGAUUUGCUCAGCUCUUGGAGAGAAAGCGACACUCGUCGUUCUGAUAGUGCUCUCUUGCAACCGUUCAGCACAUCCAAUAACAAGUGGACACAAGACUGGGACAACUCUUCCUCUACAGGCCUCGUGCAGAACUGUUCCAAUGCCUUCCCUCCCUCAUCACUGGCAUUCUGCUACAAUGAUUUUCACGACUUCGUGAUGAACAAAUUUCCACAUUAUGACUUUGCCACGUCUCUUCCUCAUGGCCAGAGUUCCUCAGUACCUCUGGAAGAUCAAAUCCAAUUAAUCCCCCUCUCAAAACACUUACCCACACUUCAAGUUGGAAAAGACGGGGUUGCUAGGGUUGAAUGGCCGCAUGCUGAGACUUGUAGGCCCACAACUCACCCAGGAACCGAAGACACUGGUCUUCGACCAACCAAAAACAAAGCCACGCCAUCAGUUCUGGCAAACUCUGUCUUCAGCAACGUCGACUAUAUUCUGCCAGCAUAUUCCCAACCUGAGCAGCCAGAACACACGAUACAGAAUGGGUAUCCUGCGCUAUGGGAGAGGUACAGUAGCCCAAUCAAAAUCCCAGACCUUAAAAACCUAAGCAUUGGCGAUGCUUUUUGCACGCAGCAGAUCAGCCCAAGUGACUCCAUUUGGUGUAGGUGCUUUUCCUCUGGGAAUGGUCAGUGCCGAAUGGCUUGA